CGUAUACUACCGCCAUCGCCACUCUCCACUGGAGAUCUGAACGCCGUCGGCCUGUCGCCACACGUUGCGCACUGAUCGCUCCUCCCGCCGACUCGCUGCCCAGUUGCCUCGCUGCUCCCUCCUCCUGGCUCCUGCUUCUCCUCCUCCGGACCUCGCUCUGUAGUCGAUAGGUCGACUGAACAAAUUAAAGGAAGGACAAGAGUGGAAGUGGAUGGUUUGGGUAUGUCUUCGGCAAAUACACAGAAGGAAAAAUGGAAGUAAUUUGAAAUUGGAGAUUGGGAAAGUGUGUGAAAAGAUGAGUGAUGGCCAGCAGUUUCAGCUUGGGACUAUUGGCGCACUCAGCUUGUCUGUGGUAUCUUCUGUCUCUAUUGUUAUUUGCAACAAGGCCCUUAUCAGCUCCCUUGGUUUUACAUUUGCUACAACUUUGACAAGUUGGCAUCUUCUAGUUACAUUUUGUUCUCUUCAUGUGGCCCUAUGGAUGAAAUUCUUUGAACACAAGCCGUUUGAUCCCAGAGCUGUGAUGGGGUUCGGAAUGCUGAAUGGGACUUCAAUUGGCCUUCUCAAUCUAAGUUUGGGGUUCAAUUCUGUUGGAUUUUAUCAGAUGACGAAAUUGGCAAUCAUCCCUUGUACGGUUCUUUUGGAGACCUUAUUCUUUAGGAAGAAGUUCAGUAGGAAUGUCCAGGUUGCACUGACUAUCCUUCUCUUUGGUGUUGGAAUUGCAACAGUUACUGAUCUACAGCUCAACAUGCUGGGCUCUAUUCUAUCUAUGCUUGCAAUUAUCACAACCUGCAUUGCACAGAUUAUGACUAAUACCAUACAGAAGAAGUUCAAGGUUUCUUCCACACAGCUUCUAUAUCAAUCUUGCCCUUAUCAAGCAAUUACUCUGAUUGUAACUGGACCAUUUCUGGAUGGGCUUUUGACAAAUAAAAAUGUGUUUGCUUUCAGCUACACUCCAAAAGUGUUGGCAUUCAUUGUUCUAUCUUGCUUAAUAUCAGUUUCUGUGAACUUCAGUACAUUUCUAGUAAUUGGGAAGACAUCUCCAGUGACCUACCAAGUAUUAGGACAUCUGAAAACUUGCCUUGUGUUAGCCUUCGGAUAUGUUCUCCUUCAUGACCCUUUCAGUUGGAGGAACAUUUUAGGAAUAUUUGUUGCCGUGGUUGGAAUGAUUACCUAUUCGUAUUAUGUCACUAUUGAGACCCAACAAAAGGCGAGUGAAGCAUCAGUCCAGGUUUUUCAGGAAAAGGAUGGUGAAUCUGAUCCUCUGAUAAAUGCUGAAAAAGGAGGCAGCAUUUUAGGAGACAACGUUAAAUCGUCGCCGGGGUGGAAUUCAAACAGGGACUUAAAGGCGUAAGAAUAAAGCUUCUUUAAAUGAUUAAUAUUCAUUGGGUUGCCCUUUAUCAGAGAAAGUGUCGUGUAUGGGCAAAGAAAAAAAGGAGUAAAGAAAAAGAAAUUAUAUUUUGCCAUUAUUUAGAGCUAAAGAAUACUUGCUUCCACAGAGCAGUUUUGUUAUCAACACUAGUAAGAUUAAGCAGUAAAGUUUUAGAAAUACACUACUUAUAUGAUAUAUCUAGUGCAGAACGUUAUACAGUUAUAGUUGUCACGGGACAGAAAUAUAAAAUGCCAAAAAUUGUAUAAGGCAAAAAACAGGUUUUGUGUUUAGUCACUUCGCUCACAUGAAUUGAAGUGAACAAGGGUGUGGGCUGUUGGGAUUUGCAUGAUAUUGGGCUUGUAAGGCAAUUGGCUUUUAGCAUGUUGUGUUUGCAGUUUGCCAACAACAGAAUGUAUUGUCUACUGCACUUCUUUAUUAGCUGAAUGUUGCAACUUGCAAUGACUAAAACCACAUGUAUGACUAAAAUCUUGCAUGUUUCUCAAAAUAUGACUUGUGACUUUUUU